GCUAUCUAUCUUUAAUGAUCUUGGUUUUGUUUACAGAUCAAAGUGGUGGAAUAAACAACGUAGUAAAAAUUAAAGCCUUUUUAGUUCAACAAAAUUGCAGACAUGGCAGAAACAGCCGCAGGUUCAUCAAAAACAUUUGCUGAGAAGCACGCUGAACGAAUGGCCCGCUUAAAACAGCUGCACACACAGCGUAAUGAGGCGCGCGCUUCCAACCAUCAAGAGGUUAUCGCAGAACAUGAGCGCAAGAAGCUGCCUGCGAAUUGGGAAUCCAGACAACGACAAGCUGAAUGGUUGAUCGGAGAUUUAAAGGCACGCACGGAAGCGGAAGAAAACGGACUAGACUACAACCGAGUGAAAAUGCUGAAUGUGUCCGCAGCCGAAGCAGACCGAAUCGAUAAACUUAAAGCAAAGAAGAGGAACGCAGAUCCGGGCUUCUCAGACUACGAAGCGCAAACAGCACGACAGUACAAUCGGUUGGUCAAAGCGAUGCCCGCCAGAGAUUUGGUCAAGUAUGAAGAGCAAAAGGAGAAAUAUGGAGAUGCUUUCUAUGGUGGGCCGAAUGUUAUACUGCAAGGGUUGCACAAGGACACUCCAGUUGCAAUCGACAACAUGGUGAAGGAUUUGGAAGGGCAGAUAGCCAAACGCAAGAAGUUCUCUAGAAGGCGUACACACAACGAUGAUGCCGAUAUUGAUUACAUUAAUGAAAAGAAUGCUCGGUUCAACAAGAAAUUGGAACGAUUCUAUGGUGAACAUACCACAGAGAUCAAACAAAAUUUGGAACGCGGUACAGCCAUCUAAAAUGUGUGCAAUUAUCAUUAUCCAUAUUUUAUUAAAAAUAUAAAACAAUGAAAUGUAUUUAAAGCGGACAACAAAA